AUGGUUCUUCCAUUCCACACAUCCAAGAUUGAUGAUUGGUCAAUAACAAUACCAAACAAGAGCGAAACACAGAAUAACGCCUUACAUAUGUCGGAAAAAGUCAUGAAGGAUCAUUCGAGGACACCACACCUAGUAACACAUCCUUAUUUGAAGAAAAACUCAAAAGGCCAAAGCGCGGAAGCAGAGAGUGGACGAAUUCACGAUGUUGGUCAGUCUUCUGCAACGCUCUUUGGUACAGUACCCUCAACAUCGCCAUCUGGAACAGUACCAACUGCAACGCCCUUUGGUAGAGUACUCUCAGCACCGCCCAUUGCUACAGAACCACCUACACCGCCCUUUGGAACUGUACCACCUACAACGCCUCUUGCAACAAUACCACCUAACGGGUUUAUUUCCAAUUUUCUGCAUUACAACCAAAUUAUGCAAAAUUUCGCUAAUAAUGGACUGGCAGCCAACAUUUUGAGUACUUUCCAAGUUCCACCAGCCACGCCUUUCUCUUUUUCAUCAAGUGAUUUGCCGACAACAAGCAACACUCCUUUGCAAGAGACUCCAAAUCUAAUGGAUGGGAAUCCGGAAAUUCUCGAACAAAUCAACGAAUUAUUGACAAAAAGUAGUAUGAAGGAAGACCUGCCACAUAACGAAGAAUGUGUCGAGAGAGUGGCGGGUAACGAUAUGCCAAACAAUCGUGUUUGGUUUGAUGUGGAGCCGGAGAGAAACGUGGCCGCGGAUAUCAAUGCUAAUUUUGUGCUCAACAUUGUAUUCCAAAACCGGCGAGAAGCUGCUGAGCAAGCUCGGGAUGAGAACCGCGGAGAGAAUUUGAACGAAACCGCAAACAACAAUGAUCAUCAAGCUGUUGAGGACAGGGAGGAGGAGGAGGAGCCAAGAGAUUUUGAAGAAAAUGAUCACGAUGGAGAUGGACGUGGCCGUGUACCGGACAACAAUUAA